UGUGUGGGUAUCAACUGACCAUGAUGACAUUGAGAAGGUGGCCAAGGCAUGGGGAGCUCAGGUUCACCGCAGGAGCCCAGAGGUGUCCAAAGACUCAUCCAGCUCUCUCGACACCAUCCAGGAAUUCGCCAGAUUAAACCCAGAGGUGGAUGUGAUCUGUCACAUCCAGGCCACGUCUCCCUGCCUGCACCCCUUCCACCUGAAGGAGGCCCUGGAGAUGAUCACCAACCAGGGCUUCACGUCCGUCUUCGCCGUGGCCCGACAACACCACUUCCGCUGGCAGGAGGUCAAGAAAGGAGGUAGUGUAGCCACCCAGCCUCUGAACCUAGACCCGUCUAACAGGCCCCGGAGACAGGACUGGGAUGGAGAGCUGUGUGAGAACGGAUCUUUCUACAUUUAUACCAGAGUAACGAUAGAGAAAGGCCUGCAGGGGGGAAAGUGGGCUUACUAUGAGAUGCUGCCAGAGUACAGUGUGGAUAUUGAUGUUGAUAUCGACUGGCCCGUGGCAGAACAGAGAGUACUGAGGUUUGGUUACUUUGGCCUGGACAAGCCUGAGGUGGUGCGUCUGCUGCUGUGUAACAUCUCAGGCUGUCUGACUGACGGCCGCGUCCUCAUCUCUGUCUCUGGAGAGGAGAUGGUCUCAGUCAACACCAGAGAUACCAUGGGUAUCCGCAUGCUGCAGAGAGAGGGGGUGGAGGUGAUCUUGAUCUCCUCCAGUGAGGACCCCCAGACCAAGGCCCUGGCUGACAAGCUGUCCCAGAGGACAGGCUGCGAGGUCAGGCAGCUGGGCAAGGACAUCCAAGGUGAGGUCAAAGCCAUGAUGGACGACAGGGAUCUGGACUGGAAGGAGGUCGCCUAUAUGGGUAAUGAUGCACCAGAUGUUGACUGUCUGAACCUGGCUGGGUUGAGUGCAGUACCCCGGGACGCCCCAGUGGUGGCGAUCAACGCUGCUAAAUACUCCUGCCACAAUGCUGCAGGGCUGGGGGCUGUGAGGGAGUUUUCUGAACACAUCAUGCUGCUGAAGAAGAAGGCCAAGUCUCAGAUGGAACAGGACCUCAUUCACAGAAAUACAUUCUAAACUCUAGAAUGUCUUCUACAGUCACAGAGAUCCAUUCUAAACUCUAGAAUGUCUUCUACAGUCACAGAGAUCCAUUCUAAACUCUAGAAUGUGUUCUAAAGCAGGGAUGGGCAAACCAUUUGGCUUGAGGGCCGAACAUAUUUUUUGGGGACCGAUUUGUUUUGUCAAAAUCUAUUUAAGGGCCAGAAAAAGGGCAGUUAUUUUAAAAUAUAUAGGUCCAUUAUAAUAUCUACAUACUUUCUAUCUAGUUUUAGACGUUCAUGGAUUUUUUACCCAUAAUAAUCAUUUCCCGCCAAAAAACAUUCUCAUUCUAAACCUCACAUGUAAACUGGAAGAGUUGCAUUCUCAAUCGUAUACUCCUCGCAUCCUCUCUCCUCGUCUCCUUCUCUUCCCUCUGACCUUCUCCUCCAAUGGAUUUUGAGAAGGAGACGAGGAGAGAGGACGCGAGGAGUAUGCAAUUGAGAACUUUCCCUUGUCGUUCAUUGUCAUGUAAAAAAAGUAGUUGACAAGAGAGCAGUAACAGACCGGCACUCAGGUUAUUGCAUUCUAGAUUGCAUUCUAUCAAUCAGACAAACUCUCUGAACUCAUGCCUGGGCCAAACAUUAGGCAAAGUGACAAUACAGCUUAUUGACAUCUCUCUACUUUCUCUGCAGUUCUAGAAUGAAGUAUAUUUACUCACUUUCAUGUACUUAGCUCAGGCUGAAAUGUUUUUUACAGGUUGUCAGAUCGAUGUAGUUUGGGUUUUAUAUCACUACAGCUUGUGUUGACAAAUACAGUCAGUACUUUUUUAAAUGUCUUUGUUUUAAUGAAAUGAAGUAUAUACACUGAGUUACAAAACAUUAUGAACACUCCUUCCAUGACAUAGACUGACCAGGUGAAAGCUAUGAUGCCUUA